AUAUUGAAACAAAUAUUGAAGGCCAUGUCGUAAUCCUGAGCUUAGGUGUGUCCUCUACACUUUAUAAAUACCUCUCAUUUACAACUAGCAACACAUGUGAUACAGCACUGCACCUGAAGACAUCCAAGGAGGAGAUCUCCAAACCACAAGGUAUCAUCCUUUCAUUUCCCAUGAAUAACAUCAUGAAGCUGAAAAAGUUUGCCCUGCUUACAGUGACGACACUCCUGAUCUCACAGAUUCUCAUGGUUGAAGGAAAUAAGCAAAAAGAAGGAAAGAGAGACAAACAGAGAGGAGCAGGUAAAGACGAAAAGCAAAAACAUUCCACUCAUAAUGGAGAAAGAGAGAGAGGAUCUAAAGGAGGGGGAGGCUUCCUUCAAGGAAAAUUUCUCACUAAAGACAAAGCAGAAUGCAUCUGGUCUGUAUCUGGGGCUGAAACUGUAGCUUUAAAUGUUGAAUGUACUAAAGGGGAAACAAAAGUAUCCUGUGCCUAUGGAGGAAACCCUACAUCAUGCCAAAAUUACGCCACAAAUAAGAAGUCUUACUGGAAGCAAAUCAAUCGGGCUCUGAAAAAGCAGAAGAACAUUUGCCAGGACCAACAAGCUGUUCUAAAGUCUAAGGAGUGCAAGAAAGGCCCUCCGGAGGCACACCUAAGGUACAUCUUCUCUAGUGUGUCGGUGCCCAGCCAUGAACACAAAGUCCAAGAAGAGCCUAAACCAACAACUAAAGUGGACAUCAUUGAACCAACUAAAGAGUGUGCAGAAGAUCCAGAUAUCCUGGAGAGGCAAAGAUUAGCCAACGAGUACUGUGGAAACUCAUGGAGCUCACUGUGCAAAUUCUUCUUCUCAAUGCUGCAGGACAAAACUUGCUAAAUCAAAAUACUUGGUCAUGCUAAUACUAAAAUUCUUUUUUAUUUUAUUAUUUUUAUUUCUAUAUAUAAAUGCUUCUAUAUUUAAAAUUUUGACUCAAGCCGCUUGUCCAGAUUUCUUUUCCAUGUCUUUAGAAUCAUUGUAUAUGGAUUGUACAAGAUGAAUCAACUUGCUAAAUUGUGAACUUUUAAAAGUUAACAAAAACUGAUUCAUCACUACAAUACUAUGUAUGUCAUAUUAUUUUAUAUGUUUUUUUUUUUAUAAAAUAAAGAUUUUUUUAACAAUG